AUGAAUAGAGUCCAGGAAAAGGCAAGGUAUUUGAGAAGCAAUAGGGUACUCGAUGAACACGUGAAAAGAAAACUUGAAUUGAAUGAUAAAGUUGGGAUCAAUCUGAACCAAACUUAUACCUCACUUCAGAUUGAGGCUGGGGGACCUGGUAAGCUUCCAUAUAUCCAGAAAGAUUGCCGGAAUCAUGUGGAUAAAGUGCGUCGUUCACUACUUGUGGAAGGAGAUGCUCAAGUGAUGCACAAUUAUUUCAUGAAGAUGAAAGCCGAUAAUUCUGACUUCUUUUUUGCAAUGGAUUUGGAUGAUGAGGGCGUGAAUCAUCAUGGCCAGUCUAUUUUAUUGGGAUGCGCGCUCAUCUCUCAUGAAGACAUGGAGUCAUUUUCGUGGUUAUUUAAGACUUGGAAGAUAUGCAUGUGGGAUUGUGCUCCGAAAGCAAUUAUUACCGACCAAUGUAUGGCCAUGAAGAAUGCCAUAGAAGAUAUAUUCCCUAACACCCAACAUCAAUGGUACAUAUGGCAUAUUAUGAAAAAGAUCCCAGAAAAGUUGAAUGGGUGCAAUGCCUAUGAGAAUAUUAGUUGGUGUAUGCGUAGGGCAGUUUAUGCUUCACUUACCAUAAAACAAUUUGAGGAUGCUUGGGAUGUGUUCAUCAAGAAGUACGAGCUUCAAAGUAACACAUGGUUAGAGGGGUUGAAUUUGGAGAGGAAACGGUGGGUGCCUGCUUAUUUGAAUGAUGUUUUUUGGGCGGGGAUGUCAUCCACACAAAGAAGUGAGAAUAUAAAUGCGUAUUUUGAUGGUUAUGUUCAUUCAAAAACGACCCUGAAACAAUUUGUAGGACAGUAUGAAAAUGCAUUGGGGAACAAGCCGGCUAAAGUUGAUGAUAUCGGGUCCGAACAUGAGAUAAAUGAGUGGGUUACAUAUGGCAAAGGAGAAGAGAAAAAGAGAAUUCAAGUGGCAUUUACUGUUAAUUUCAAUGCUGAAACCAAUGAAACACAUUGUAAUUAUCGAUUGUUCGAGUCUAGAGGAAUGGUGUGUAAACAUCAACUAUUUAUGUGGCAUCAAAAGGGAAUUGAAAGAGUGCCUGACAAGUAUGUGUUGAGAAGAUUGUGUAAAAAUGUGAAAAUGGUCCACACAAAAGUUCGAAUCUGUUACGAUAAGUCGUCAACGUCAAUUGAAGCACGUCGGCAUGACAACAUGUGCAAUAUCUUUAAUGAAGUUGCUGAUUUAGUGGAAGAAUCUCAAGAAAAGUAUGAUAUGGUGAUGAAACGGGUACACGAGCUAAAACGAGAGCUGAUGGAAGCUUCGGUUGUUUGUGAAAGUAAUGUGGUUUCACUUGGUGAUGACACGGGUACUCGUAAAAGUUCUUUUUCACUUGGAGAUGGGGUUAUACCUCCUAAACAGAGCACGAACACACUUGACCCGGAAGGUCUUCGACGAAAAGGGAGACCGCUGUGCAAAAGAAAGAUCGGUGCUGUGGAAAAAGCUGUUACGAAGAAAAGACAAACAUCUAAGAAGCCAUUGUCCAACGAAAAAUCCAAGGAGGUUGAGGAGAUUGCGGUUAGCCACCAUAUCGGGACACAAGAGAGUAUCGUAAAUGUAAAUCCACCCAAGCUACAUGGGACACUCAUUGUGGCCAAACAUGAUACCCCAUCCCAUGCGACCAAAUAUGGCACAAUGCGGAAGCAUUUUCCCAUUUUUCCCAACUUUGUGCCCCACCGGAACAAGUUUGAACCAAUUUAUGCCUUUUUUUCCAAGUUCACAAAGCUUAUUAAAUGGUCAAGUUUGGAUGGGUCAAUCAACUAUUGCGGGUAG